GCAAUGAAAGUUCAAUGGUGUACAGGGGGUGUAAAUUAAUUAACCCAAACUAGGCUAGUACUCUGUAUCCAAUCUACAGACCCAACAUCCUUAAAAAUAGUGCAGAAAUCGAACUAUUCGUAGAUUUGAUAACUACGCUUCUCUUUUAUUAGAUCGCUUAAAGCUUUUUCAAAAUCGCUUUUCUCGAAUCGAUCCUCUCUCGCUCUACAUUCACUUAAACCCUAGAAAACCAAAACUUACCGGUGCUUCUCGCUUCAAAUCAGUGAAGCCUUUCUCUUCCACCAUACAAGAUGUUCAAGAAGUUUUCCUCUGAAGAUGUAUCUGCACAGAAUCAAGUCAAGGCAUCUGUGCAACGCAAAAUUCGACAAAGUAUUGCAGAAGAGUACCCAGGACUAGAACCAGUGCUGGAUGAGUUGCUUCCAAAGAAGUCCCCUCUCAUUGUUGCUAAAUGUCAAAACCAUCUAAAUCUGGUCCUGGUCAACAAUGUGCCUCUGUUUUUCAACAUACGUGAUGGGCCUUAUAUGCCUACGCUACGACUUCUUCAUCAAUAUCCUAAUAUAAUGAAAAAACUACAAGUGGAUAGGGGUGCAAUCAAAUUUGUCCUUUCUGGAGCUAACAUAAUGUGUCCUGGGCUUACAUCACCUGGUGGUGCCUUGGAUGAUGAUGUGGCUGAAGAAACUCCUGUAGCCAUAAUGGCAGAAGGAAAGCAACAUGCUCUUGCUAUUGGCUUUACAAAAAUGUCUGCAAAAGAUAUAAGGGCAAUCAACAAGGGUAUUGGUGUGGAUAACAUGCAUUACCUUAAUGAUGGCCUUUGGAAGAUGGAGCGUCUAGAUUGAGCAUUUGCAGAGAGCAAAAGUAGAUGGUUCCUUGUGCAGCGGUUUCUGUUUCUUCGAAAUCGGUGAUCAAACUAAAAGUGUUCUGAGAUUAGCCCCUCAUGCUGUUUUUGUACUUUUUAACACUACAGUUGAAAUCAAUUCAAUCUUUGACUAUAGAUGAAAUAUUUAACCAACCUAUGAUGCCAUGCACAUUACUUUUUUGAAGUUUUUGCAUUUCCAUGUGAAGGGGGAUGCUCCAAAAAUAGUAAAGGUGAAUUUUUAUAUGUUGAUUAAAUUGAGUAUGUAGACAUACUAUGCCUUAGUUUUGUUCCUUAAUUAUGUAAAACAGAAAUGAUUAUUUGAAGCAAAAUGAGUUAGGAUUGUAGCGC